UAAAAGUUUGAAUUUGAACACUGCCCCACCCACAACACUUAACUUCCUGCGCAGUGCACGUUCAUGCGCAUGGCCGUCAGAGCGAAGCGCGUGUGAUGAGCGGGAGGAGAUUUUAUACCAAACUUUUGAAAGAAACUGGACUUUACACGAAGAGAGGCAAAAAAAAAGUGGUUGACAUGGCUCACACAGACAAUGCAGACACAAAGAGCACGAUUUUCAGUCGGCUCAAGCCAAUCAAGUUUGAACACUUAAAGCCCAUCUCGGCAUAUUCGCGGUUCAUCACUUGUGAUCAACAAAACGCCAGUCUGCAUCAGUCCUCUAAUCCGUUCAUAAAUUUAAAAAUUGAGGUGGUGAACAAUUGUCAGAAGAAAAGGAAAUUAGAUUCAAGUCCCGAUGAUUGUUAUGAGACUCCAGCAAAAAAGGACUUUAGUCCACAGGCUUUGUCCCCAGAUCUGGGGUGUUUUAUGGACUUCUCCAGCCCACCUACAAAACAGGACUGCGUGUCCCCUCUUGCCACCUCUAUGCCUGCGUUGUUAAAUAAAACACAAGCUAUCAGGAGUGAAGAAGAACAAAGUUCAAGCUCUGAGCCACACUGGAAGAUGCACUUAAAUGCAACGCCCUUUGACCUUGACGUUGACGACAUAUUGUGCCUAAAUCCCCUCAGCACAUAUGCUACUGGAGCGUUUUCUGAUAACGUACAGCGCUGCACAAGUCCAAAUAGUGACACGUUUCAGAAUAAGCCAGCCUUAGCUCCCAAUGUGGCACACAAAACAGAACUGGGACGAGGAGACGGACAAGUGAAGGAAGAACAAGAAGAGCCGAAGGAAGAAAUGCACCUGAAUGUGAAAGAUGUGGAGGAGGACAAGGGUUAUUUCUCCAUGUCCUACCUGAAGGACCACAAAAUAGGAGUGGACUCUCCUCAGCUGCCUCCAGUUACCUGUAGCCCCCUCAGGAGAGGUGAAGAUGAACGCCAGCCUGAAAGUGCACCUGAGCCCGGUUGUCACAAACAAGCUGUGCUGCCCGGACAAGAUUUUUCCUUCACAGUUCUUGAUUCUGGUCCUGUUGUAAGAGGGCCGCUGGUGAAACCUGCGGACUCACUCUUUGAGCCUUUAGAAGGUGACGUCGAAGAGAUGUGGAACAUUGGUUCCCCCCUGUUUGAAUCCUCUGUGUGUAACAACGUCACUGUGAAGUUGAGCGCCGAUAGUGAGCAGAGUAGACAGGUGUCAGAGGAGGUGAGGGGAGAGGUGAUGGAGGCUGUCGAUAAGUGUCAGGCCACGGUCGGCAGAGAGGAAUCCACUUUGGACACCAGUUAUGAAACUACUUUACCCCUUCAAGUACAGGUGAAGUCAGUUGUAGUGGCUCUCGGUCAUCACGCUGCCAGCAGCGAGCCAGCAGCGCCUCUUCUGCCAUACCAGGGGCCAAAUUGUGUGAGGGGAGGCGUGAUGGAGGCUGUCGAUAAGUGUCAGGCGACGGUUGGCGGAGAGGAAUCCACUUUGGACACCAGUUAUGAAACUACUUUACCUCUUCAAGUACAGGUGAAGUCAGUUGUAGUGGCUCUUGGUCAACACCCUGCCAGCAGUGAACCAGCCGCACCUCUUCUGCCAUACCAGGGGCCAAAUUGUGUGAGCAAUGCCUGGACUGAAAGACCGGUGAUCGCUGACAGAGGAGUGAUUCUGGAGCGGGACAAACAGCUGUAUCUCCAAAUGGUCACCAGACACAUGAACGAGAAUCAAGGUGGAAAUAAAGAUGUCAUGACUGAGCUGCUGAACCUGAUGACCCACGUGGCUGAUCAGGCACAGGGCACUAAGGCCAAUCAGUGGCAGCAUCCUUCCGAUCUCACACGCAGGAACUACCAAAGAAGAUUUGGCAACACUACGCCCACAAUGUCCCUCCAGGAAUGGCAGGCCAAGAACCUUGCAACAUACAAGCGGUUUGCCCAGCUCCCAAAGAUUUUCAAAAGGAGCCCGUAUGACUGAAUUCAGAGUAUUCUUGUGAAUAGGGUGCACUUCAACGUGCUGGAAACUCUUAAUAUUCCAGCGGACCUCAUAAAUAUUAUCUUUACGUGUGUUUUUGGUUUCUCAGUUUGUGUUGCACUAUAUUUUUCUCACAACUAAUGCAUGUAAACAAAAAUUAAUGUGUGUUUUAAGGAGUUUUGGAAAUUAUGCUAAGAACUAAGCACUUAAGGGUUUCAAGGACCUCAAAUGCUUUGCCUUUUUACUGUGUUUGAAACUAUGCCUGUUUUAAUGUGUAUUUAAGUACGUUUUGUACUUGUGCUGUUUGACAUUUUGUCCUUUUUGCUUGUGAAAGUGUUCACCAUUCAUGUUUACUCAGGUUAGAAUAGACCAGCACUGACUUUCUUAAGUUUCUUGUUCUUCCUGUGUAUAAAAAAAAAAAAAAAAAAAAGUGCAUCUUGGGUCGAUGUUAGCCUCCCGUCGUUUUCUUUGGCGGAUUCUUUGAAUGACAACAGCAAGCAAUUUAAAAUAUAUAAACAAAUUUAGCAGGCAUGUUGGAGUGUAGCAUUCCUGCUACAUCGUUCUUGAGGCCAUAUUAUGGCUACAGUGUUAUAUAAGCCUGGAAAUGUUUACCAAGAGGUUGUAGUCACGCCUCUAGAAUAAUGUAAAUUGCCUCUUCUGCAAAUUUAAUUCGAGAUGGAGGGAACUGAUACGAACAUAGACUUACUUUGAAUUUAUAAUGUGAUUUAAUUUAUAGGUUUUGUGUGAGCAUAUAAAUAUUUUUCAACCAUACCUUCGAUUUGUCGUGGUUAAUCUAAACUGUCUAUGGACCUCUGGACAACCAUCAAAGUCUUACUAUAACCUGGAAAUUCUGCUUUUAUCAAAUGUAAAUUUUUUUUCAGCACUAAGAGCAAAAUUCCUUUCUCUACUUCCAUAUUUUGACGUGUCAACAAAAGUCUCCUUGGUGGGGAUUUAAAAAUGAGGCCGGUGAAAGUAAAAA